AUGAAGGGAGAUAUGAGCACACCUGACAGACUCAACGAGCGACCCAUCUAUCUGAGAAGCGUCUUUCUCAUGCUGGCUCUUUGUCAAACGGCAAUCCACGUAUACAGCGACUACUCCUCAGUGCAUAUCCCAGUCUCCGCCCCGGCAAAGACCCCGGAACCAGACAGCCGCACUCACAAGCUUCCGCCGAUCAGUAUGCGGGUUCAGAACGCUAUACCAAGAAUUACACAACGAUGCGCAGCAGUCUGCGUUCUGGUUGCUCUGUUCGGCCCCUUCAUCUACGCCUUGUUCCUUAGACAGACCUUUUGGUCGUGGCACCUCAGAUUUGCGAAGCUUAUCUAUAGCCUUCCAAGAUCCGACGCCAGACCAACCGGUUAUCCACCAAGCAAGCCAAAGUUCAUGCUUCGAUCGUUUGGCGUAGGGUUCUUGUUGAUGCUCACCUGGGAGACAACAUCGUUCUUCUUUUCGACAUUUUUAGCUCAAGAACCACUAAAGAAAGACCAGCCAUUGAGUACUGGUAGCAAGGACCCCAACGGAACGUUGAUCACUGGCCUAAAAGCGACAAGAAAUUUGGUGAAGACAUUUGCAUUCUGGGAAUUGGUGCUUCUAGCUCAGAAGAACCCGGAGAGGCGAAAAGUUAUUUUCGCGGACAUUGGUCGGGAAGGCGGGCCGGCGUGGACACAGAUGCUCAGUGCAGCUCUCAAUGUUGUUCAGGGGAUCAAUUCUCGCAUAGAGGCUGCCACCACUAAGCCCAGACCGAAAGAUGAAGCACCCAAUCCGGAUACCAUGGAGAUAGACUCGCUACCAUGUAUAGCACCACCCAUCAAGGAGAGGCCCAUCUUCGCCAGUUCUCCCCCGCCUCAAACCAGGACUGAGGAGAUUGAAUCCUACAUCGAUUGGGGCGCCAAGCGGAUCGGCCAGUCCAAAAACCCUUACGAACCACCCAUUUCAAAGUGGAAAGGACUCCUCAAAUAUGUGACCCCAGCCGGCAUCCCUCCCGAAAACUUAAACUUGCGGGCUCUUUUCAGAUGGUUCUCGUCUCUACUCCAGAACAGCCCUAUCGGCUGGUUCUUCCUCACAACCUUCGCGCGAAAAGUGAACACGACCAUCCUUGGCUGCCCCCACUCCAACGCCGCUGUGAUCAUCGACGCCAUCGAAGCCACCACCCGCAUGCUCGUAGCCAGCCUCUCCGAAGAUACAUAUGGAAAAGUCAUCUCCGGUGUGCCUACCACAGUCCGCACAUUCACCGCCACCGUCAACGCCAUCGAGUCGUUCGUGCAGGAUCAUGUGAAAGAGGAGGCUGGGCCGGAUGAGGAUAUCGAGGAGGUGGAGAUUGUGCUGGCGAGGUUGAAGACUGGCUUGGCGGAGCUGUUGUCGGCCUUUCAGCUGUAUUUGACGGAUCAGGGUUUGAGUGCUGUGGAGCACAGAGCUGCGCAGAAUGCGUGUGCCAAGGGGAGGCUUUUGCCAGAACGGGAAGAGAGGAGAAAGGAGCAGAACAGACAGGUGGCGGAGAUGGAGAAGGCGAGGCAGCGGGAGCGGGAGCGGGAGCUGGAGGCGGAGGCGGAGGCGCAGCAGAAGGGUGACGAUGGGAGGAGAAAUGAUCACAAAAAGGAUGGCGGAGCUGAAAAGGGAAAAGACAGGGCUGCCAAAAAAGACAAGGACAAGGCAAAGCAAAAUGCUGAAAGACGGCCGCAGAAGAGGCUGGAGCCACAGGAUCCGGCGCGGAAGAAACUCUUCCAGAACACGGUGCCGAAGAGUAUGGGAAGAAAUAGGGAGAUGGAGAUGGUGAGGUAG